AAAGGGGAAUAAGGUCGUACGAGUGGGAAACUUACAAAGAGAACUUAGUCGCGCUGGUUUUGUGAGCGCGAGGUUCGUGCGCCUGUUGCCAGCCACCCAAACAGGGAGAGGAAGCUGCUUCCAUAGGUAGCCCGUAACUUCACCGGAGAGAUGUUCCUGGAAUCAGUCAUUUGAGUCGAACAAGGGGGACUUACAGAUCAAAGUGAAGGGCUCCGUCGCAUGGCGCUGCAAUGAUUCGGUUUUCUGUCCAUGUCAGUAGGAAUGAAUACAAGAGAUCACUCACAGCAAUGCAAGCAGAAUGCGUUACGCUGAUUCAGGGAAACCCAUCGUCAGCGUCUCGCAACAUGAUCGGAAACCCUGUCAAAGGCCUGGGUGACAACUGCUUUGGCGUGUUUUGGACGGGCCGGAUUGCCUAUCCAAACUGAGUUAGCAGAAAAGGAAUGGCACUUACCUUGGUUCCGGAGAUUAGGUCAAUGAGGUAUAGGGAGGGCCCUUGGAGUUGCUGCGAUCGGUCAGUUGAGGGAGAGGAAAGAGGAGACUUACGACGGGUUCCAGCUUGGUAUUUUGAGGACAUCUUUACGUCUGAGAUCCUGAAUCUCGUCAGCGUAUUAGCGGGCGGCGGGGCUUACCUUUGGAGGGAUGAGGAACGCCCAGGCACCUGCGGACAGUUGGGAGCUCCGGCUUCUGGCGGUUAUGAGUCUCGCACCUUGCAACACCAGUCGUUAGCACACAUGAGAAUGUCUAGAACUCACCAAGGGGAGAAAGGGAGGUCGUCGGGAAAGAUAGAGUCCAGCUUGAGAUCAGGAGUGGCAUCUGGAAAGACGUGUGGCACGGGAUAUAUAGAUCCUUCGGCUAGAGUAGAACCCUCGAUGUUGUCCCAUCUUUCCGGUGACUUUGUCCACGGGAUGUGGCUGGACAGGAGACCGCUUUGUUUCGUAAGAGGAAUCAAGGGCUUGCAAAGACCGAGUCAUCAGUCGCGCCUUAAAGAAGGGCCUUGUACCAAAAAUGCCGUCGAGGCAGUGGUUCCCCAUUGUGCGUCUUUCCAUCUAUUGUAAUGGAACAAGCAUGCCGAUUGGCCUUUUUCGGGUUCGACUCGUUUUCCUUGGUUCCUGAAAGCGACCGCUUGGGGUCUCUUUCUUCAUGUGGCAAUCA